AAUUUUACGUCUGACGUCACACGUCCCCCGUACUGGCUGCAAGCCCCACCUUUUGUGUUUCCCGCACCGUCAAUCAAAAUAGGAAAAAAAAACGCGCCUGGUUCUCUCCGUCCGCAGCCCGUCUGUGAUUAUUAUCCUAUAAUCAUGUUAAGCGUCUAAUAAACCGACAGCGGCCCGCAGCCCUUACGUUUUUUUUGCGAAUUCUUUUAUUUUUUUGUUGUAAUCCUGCCACAAACACAAUGACCGCUCCUGAGCAGCCAGUCAAGCAAGAGGAAAUGGCCGCCAUGGAGGUGGACGGUCAGAGCGAGUAUUUACAGCACGGACACAGCAGCGACGACAGCGACCAAGGUGGCGAGCAGGACGCUCAGCCGUCACCGCUUGUUCUGCUGGCGGCUACCUGCAGCAAGAUCGGCUUGCCAUCGGUAGAAGAUGAUGGUGACAGCGGUGGUGCCGGAGCGGUAAGUGAUGAGCCUAGGCUGGAGCACAGACAACCCCCUAGGGGAGGGAGGGGAGGACAUAUGUCGUCCUGAACCCCCACCUACUCCUCAUACCCUCCCACUGCUCCUCCUCCCCUGGUGACCGGCACUGGAGUGGGUCACCCCUUCUUGAUCAGAAUUGGAUAUGUAUUUGGUUCCCCUUGAUCAUGUUUGCAGCCUUACAAAGAUGGCGGAAUGACGUUCAGUAGCAUUGCAAUCUAUCACUGCUACACACCUGUUUAAGUGAACCCAAAUACUCCCAUGCAUUACCUGUGUAUAUGUUAUUUAACAAUGCAAGAACACUUACAUGUUUGUUUUAUAAUGGAAAUGAUCCUGGCAGAAAAGACACCUAUUGACACAUUACGUCUUAGAUGAUAUUUUCAGUCAUGUAUGAUCAAGAAUAAAAUAAUAAAUAGGUUUGAUAGAUGUUUACCCAUUUGACAUAGUUGAAAACAGUUUAACCCCUUGAUGGCCAUAUGGAGUCCCAAAGUGUUUUCUUAAUUCACUUUAUAAAAUUAUUUAAUAUCCUUACAUUGUAGAAUGUUACAAUGACACGGAAUGUAUUGACUGUACAGUGUUUCACAUUUUUUGGUUAAUACCUUUUAAAUCAGAGUUUUACAUUCUAUUUUACUGCUACACAUGUCUUGCUUUCUGUAUUUUGGUUUGUGUACAUAUACAGAAUAAUCAAUUGUACUUGUUAAUACUUAGCGUCUAAAGAUGCAUUAGAUAUCAGGGUUACUUAUCCUUUUGUGUUUUUUUUUAUUUUUU